AGCAAGAAGUCAACUGGCCCUGUUUACCAAUACGCCACUGCAUUCGGUACCAAUAUAAUGACGGGUAUUUGUCAACACUCAUAAUCUCAUUAAAAUAUUAUCAGCUACCUGGGAUGUUAUUACACUGAAAUUAGUGAAGAAGUAAUAUACACCAAAGUAUGCCAUCAGUCUGAAAGACACCGCUCAGGAGGGAAGUUUACGAUUAUCUGUGUAGAUUGCUGUGAAAUUGGUAUCGUGAUAUUUUACGUACCAGUGGUCUUCCCAAGAUGGACUAUGUUUAUAUGGUGUUCUUUGUCAGUAUCGUGGGAGUUUGCGCUACGCCGAUCUUCAGCAGUGAUAAGAUGCAAAUAGGUAUACCGAUGGAAGAAUCUUUCCCGGAGUUUUCCGAGACAGACGAGUCAGAUGAGCUAGACCAGCCAGAUCAACCAUACAAGCUGGACUGUGGAGAAAUGCCGGAAUAUGUUCUGGAAGAAAUCCUGGGACCCGCAUACAAUGCACGAUAUAUGAGCCUGAAACCCCCACCAAAGGAAGAAAGCCAAAAGGGAGGAAAAAGGAACAUAGUGUAUGAGGCUGUGGACUUCUUCGUAGACCACGAUCUAGAUCAAGAGGUAGGAAAUCAGGCAGCUUGGGAUGUCACCAAUCACGUUAAGGUGGCCAGAGAAAACAAUUUCAGAUUUAAGCGGGAGCUGGUGUUCUCCCAAGAGUGGCACUGCAAGCAGCGUAUCAAAUGGCUAGACUUGGGACCGGACUAUUUCCCCCGAUACUUGAGAACCGUCGAAUGUAUGAGCGAAAGCUGUUGGUUCGACAUCUACAAGUGCAAGCCAAAGUCAUUCUCUGUGAAGCUGCUCAAAAGAAAGAAGGGCAGAUGUACGACUGAUCCUGUUGGGUCAAGAAGAGGGAUGUCGGGUCUUCCUAGAGAACUGAGAGAGAUGUGGAUGUGGGAAGAGAGAGCAGUGACGUUUUGCUGUGAUUGUGGCAUUGGCAACUAGGAAACCGAGACAAAGGAAUCAAAUUCAGUACUGUUGUUGAUAUUAAAAGCUGUAGUUUAUGGAGCUGUACAUACGCCGGACACUGACAGGGCAUUGCAAUGUUUUCCUUAGUACAGCUAGUGAGGAACAUGAGUUGGAAGUCGGUUUAGUUAUGAUUUAUUUAUUUUACUUUAUACACCACUGGGCGAGGAAGUAUUCUAAUAGCAGAAACGAGAUAUUCUGUUUCUUUGGGUGUUAUAAUGACAUGUACGUCAUGAAAAAAUAUGUUUUUUUCCGUCGUGCAAGCCCCACCUGCAUAUGACUGCAUCGCUGGCGCUCUCGAUCUCGAGUUAUAGCAGCAUUGCUAGAUUCGAGGUGGGCACGUUAUAUAGUAUAUAAGUAGUAAUCUGAGCAGAUUUUUUUAUGAAAAUCCCAAAUAGUGCAAGGAUGGUUCUCACAAAACCUUCGUCUUUUUGAUGCCAUUGACGGUAGCCUAGAAGAUUGUAUUAAAAGGCGUGGGAAUGAUAGUUA